ACAAGCAGAAAAGUGACGACCAUGUUGUCCCUCCUGCCGUCCCCCGUAGCCAGCACGCUCCCAGGCGCCGCCUACCUCCUCCCCAGCCUCACCAGGAUUCCCAUCCUCCGAACCCCACCGCGAGCCAGCAUGAGCGCGGCCGCCUCCACGCCGGACGCAGUUCCGUCUCCCGCCGCCUCCGCUGUCGGCGAGGAACCGAGGAAGGUGGCCGAGGACGUGGUGGUGCAGUACGUGGUGCUGCGGCGCGACCUGGCGGACGCGUGGCCCCUGGGGAGCGUGGUGGCGCAGGGGUGCCACGCCGCCGUGGCUGCCGUCUGGGCGCAUCGCGACCACCCGGACACCGCCGCCUACUGCGCGCCCGGCAACCUCGACAGCAUGCACAAGGUAACAUUGGAGGUGAAAGGGGAGACACAGCUGAAGAACUUGGCUGAGAAACUGGAAGCAGCUGGUGUACGGCACAAGCUGUGGAUAGAGCAGCCCGAGAACAUCCCGACUUGCAUAGCCACAGCACCCUGCCCAAAGUCGCAGGUAGCUUCGUUCUUUAGGAAGCUAAAGCUUUGCAAAUGACUGAAGAGUAAUACCUAUCCAGGUUGCUGGUCUUGGUUGUCAUGGGAUGACAUUAGUAGCUUUGCUGCAUUGAGGUCACACAUUUUAGUCCCAUGUUAUUGGUGAUACCUGUUUCAGUCUUUCAUCAACUGAUUGUUCCUGUUUAAGAAAUGGAUGUACUUGUAUUGGCAUGACAAAUAAUAGUGAAUCGAUAAGUUUUGUGUUGGAUCCA